AUGGACUCGCAACACUGGCCCACGGACGAAAGACAGCGCACGACACAACGAAAGGGCGGGCCUGAUUUGCAGGAUUCCGAUUUCUGGAGCUGGCCGCACCUUGACCACGGUUCACUUGGUCGGGCCACCUUGACGUCAAAGGCGGAUGGUCGACUGCAAUGGUCCAUCGUCGCAGAUACAACCCACAGACGUACAAUCGCGCCUAUCGGCCCGUCCACGAGAACAUUCCCUGAAACGCGUCCACCUGAAAUUAACGUGUGCGAGCAUUCCGUACGCAAACGCUCAGAAGGGGGGCUGCAAUAUCUGCGUACAUACUUUCCAGAUACCGACUUCCCCGGAGACCUCGUGCAAGAUGAGCUUACUGCGGCACCUGCAGGAGUGGACCCAUCCGAUCCUCUGAUGGGGAAUUUGCUCGAGUUACUGCCGUUCCGUCACUCGAACGAUGGAUAUGACGUGCUCUUUCCGAUGGGGUCUCUGGGCAGAGAACUGAACGUGUCGUCGCUGUCGCCGAGUCCUUCGGGCGGCUUCAUCUUCAGGGCUUCCGGUAUUCCCUCUUUCAUAUUCGAGACUCCAAUCCUGCACCUCUCUGGUUCAACUUCAUCGUCAAAAAGUGUCCCGUUGCCAUAUACCAUCGCUCUCGCCCGUACUUACACCUCAAUUUCACUGAUUAAGCUCUCCUCUUCUGAAGAUACCUCGUUGCAGGUCACAAGGGAUAUUGAACUUACUCGUUCCGACACCGGGGAUAUCCCAAUAGUAGAUUCUCGUAUUCUAGGGGCAGGACCGGAUAUAAUAUCAGUCAACCGCCUUGGACACGUUUACAAGUCUAAUGUAUACACAGCAGGCAAGGCCACUCAAGUUAACCCCGCAGACAAUUUCUGGCAACUGGGUGCAACGAGCAACAGGGACGGGUGCUUUCUUACUUCCAGUACCUGCGUAAAGUAUCUGGAUUUUAGAGAUGGACUGGUGACUUACCCCCCAGGACAGGAUAACCUCAGUCGUGUCACAACCUCAUCUGACAUUAUUUGGCUUGAUGAUCGUUUUCCUAAAAAGCCGGUUUUAAGCUUUAAACACCACAGGAGUUAUGAUAGGACACUUAAAACGCUCACCGUUCAACUCGGCUUUGGUCCCCUGGUCUUGUUAACCUCUCGGAAAAAUGGCCUAGUCACUGUCUAUGACGUCAGCAGAGGCACGGAUAACCUGGUACACUGCAACUCUCCACCUACUUGUCUGUCCUGGGACAGACCACUGUAUACGGCACAUACCGGGCAUACAGCCGUCGCGACACCUUGCAUGUCUAAGAUGUCGUUCCUCCGGUUGACUCACCAAGGUAGCAUUUAUCAGCAAGACAUCCAUAUCACCACUGGCAACCAAACGCAAGCCUUCAAGGAAGGGAAUCGUGUUGUUCGAGAAUGGGAUGCAGACGUCGAGAAGUUGGAUCGGCAAUCAAGAGACUUGCGCCCUGACCCAGGUCCCGUUGGGGGGAGGCACUUUACAGAGGUUAACUUCCGUGGCGUUUACGAAAGGAUAUUCUCGCUGAGAGACGAUGGCUCAGGUGAAGCCUUCCGUGACACGCUCGCACAACUCCCCGGUUUCUGGCAGCAGAUGGAAGAGCCUCUGGAAAUCAUGCUAACAACGUGGAUUGUUUCCCCGUUCGACCUAAUAGCUUACGAGAAGUCAAAGGUUCCGGCAAACUUCUUCACAGGCUGCACUGCGAAUGGCAACUCAGCCUUCCAAGCAGUUGCAAGAGGCGAUAUACCCAUCAAGGAACUAGCCAGUCUUGCCCCUUGGAGCUACAACAUUCUCGAAACAAUGCACCGCUUACCCUAUGAUAUCUCCGAGGACUGGUCAACAUUCAGAGAGCACCUGAAAAAGUUGCAGCUGGAAUCGGAUAGAGAGGGCGCAGGAAAUUCUCUACGGCUACAAACUGAAGCACAGGAGCAGCUCGUCGUCGAUUUAGCGUUAUCGUGUGACGUAUUUUCACCUCGUCCUAUUACCAAGCCCCAUCCCACAGAAAUUGGAUUUGGAACAAUUUCCGAAGAAAACAGACGCACUGGAGUCACGGACGAGCCUCCCGACGUCGAAUUCAGUUUUUUUCAUCCUAUUCGCAAGAUUGGUGCCAACCAUUACGUCGCUGCAGAGAAGACCAGCCCGGCGCUCACUGAAGACGACACCAAGGUCUCUUGUCCAAUGGGAGUGCGGCUUUUACUGGCUGAGUGGGAGGUAGGAUCCGACGUCAAGAACUAUACAUACCGCGACCCGCAUUACGCACUUCCCCCGCCUACACAAAGCAUGGUGGUACCGUCGCAGCAUCCGCCAACUGUUGUGGCCACCGGAACACGACCACAAUGGGAAGUAACUGGCACGCAGGUUGCCCAUGCUGCAAAGCAGAGCUACUCUCAAGAGACAACCUCUUACCCUAAGCUUGAUACUUUUUCGCAGGACCCCAUUCAGACUAGUACACAAGUUCUCUCAGGGCCGUACGGCGGGCGGUUAAUGGUAGGGAAGAGACCCACCAAGAAGCGAAUUGGGGGCUCUUCUUCCUGGUUCCUGUCAAAGUCACAAAACCCGCGCCUGCAUCAUCGUCCGGCAAGUUCUCAUCGACGACGAGUAUCGCACGAAACCGGGAUUUGUGGCUGGUCCAGUGAAGAAGGCUCUAUGGACGGUGUUAGUAGUACGCCCCAAAAUCCUUGGUUCGACAAUGCUGCCUUUAACGAUACUUUGCGACGAAAUAAGUCCGUAGUAUGUGCGCUCUCAGCAAGCUACAUAUCUUCAGUUCGCAGGCUUGACUCCUUGAAGUCGCGAUUGCAGACCACCAAGACACGGAUAUCCCUGUUAAAAUUAGCGGGGCUUGUAUAUCGCGAGGAGGGCUUGAUUGGUUUUUAUCGGGGACUCUGGAUCCCUCUGGUGACGAUAUCCUUCGUACCUGCCUCCUUCACGAUUUACAGUGAUACAAAGGAGUAUUGCCGCAGGAAGAACUAUUUUUCUGGUGACAGCAUGUACGAUGCUGCCUUCGCCGGGGGUAUAAGCGGUGCCCUAUCGGGCUCGUUGAUCUCGUUCGGGAGCGCACUUCGCAGACCUUGUCCAAUUGGUUUGCAAAAGGUCCGCCGGCAAUUGGAAUACAGCAUCGCCGCAACAAAGGGUAUCCAGUUAAUCAAACCGCCAAAUACCAUCGAAGCAGUCCGUGAUAUCGUCAGGAUGCAUGGCGUGUCCGGUCUUUACCUCGGUUUCCGGUUGCACUUUCUACGGGACACAUCCGGAACUGCUUUAUAUUUCUUCGAGUAUGACGCUAUGAGGCACUUACUGGGUCGGGAGCGUUCUGGAGAGCAGGGUCCAACACCUCAAUGGCUACCAAUACCUAAUUCUCUAAUUCCCUUCGUCUGCGGUUCAUUCGCUGGUGUCACGUCUUGGGCCUUAAUCUAUCCACUUGACGUCGUAAAGACGAAAGUCCAGCAACGUGCGUUGGCCAAUACUCCUCCAAGAGGAGUAUGGGAAACUUUCCAUCGCCUCGUUCGAGGCCCGGAUCCUAAAGAUCCAAAGCCAGUGCUUGCUGGCAUAGCACGGAUUUACCGUGGUCUUGGUGUUAGCGCAGUGCGAAGUAUUACCACACACGGACUUCUGUGGACGUUCUUCGACUUCACAUCACAAUACAUCGAUGGUUUAUCUUGA